CCUCCCCGGGCGUCCCACCGUGUCCCUGCGGGCAGGCGAGGGACCUGCCGCACCCCUGGCCCGUGCCUGCGAAGGAAACUCAGGGGAAAAACACACAUUUGGUUCUGUUAAGCACCGAGCGGCAGAGGAGCGCGUUUAGCUUAAUACUCUCCACAGAAAGUGAGGCUGAAUAACGUGCACAUGCCGAGUACUGGAGGAGAGGCUGAAGGACAUCCUGUUUUGUUUCAGCAGUGUUGUUAUUCUUUGGGGUGAAAUGAAGAAUUUUAUUUUGUUUUGGAAACACUCGUAUUUCUGAUGCAACUGAACUUCAGUAACCUUUUUGCAGUACAGAUUUCAACAAAUUAUUAUUUUUUUUCUCUCUCGAACAAAGAUGCAGAACUUGUCGGUGGUAGAAAGUCUUGCUAAUUCAGACAUAUCACACUUCGAGCCUCCAAAAGACCUGACAGCUGAGGCAGGUGGCGUGUCUCUCGAUGAAAGUAGCUGUAACUGGAAUGAAAGAACAAGUAAUGAAGAAAUUUUUAAUCUUGAAGCAAUGCGGCAGAGCCUCCCUGUAAUCAACAGCAAAGGGAGAAGUUGCGAGGGGUUUUCUGAGAGCAGCUUUAGUACCUCGGAACCCAGUGGUUCCUGGGGUGAUUUUGAAGGCUUCAAGGAGCCCUUAGACAAAUCGGAGAGAUUCAGUCAUAACCUUGAAGUUUUGGUGAAGUCAGCAAAAGCUUCUGGGGCCGAUCUGGGCGUAAACAGCGGAGGCUGCAGCAUUUCUGGUGCCCACGCGUGUGCUGAGCCAUCUCCGUGCCGUGGGAUGCAGGAGGCUUCGGGCUCUCUGAAUGAGGAAGACCACAGCUAUGAGGAGAUAUUUAAACUGGCCUUUCCAGAAGUCUUUGUACCACAGUCCAGAGAGUGCAUAAGAAGCUUAGAGCAAGUUCUUGAUUCAAAUAAUGAAGAUAUUUGGAUUCCUGAACUUUUGAAGAAUCAACUUGGCAUGGGUUCUGGAAAUGUAUGGAGAGCACUCAGAGACUCUGAUAAUACCCCCAGCUUAAGACAUCCCUGGUGUAAAUCUCACUGCCAAGAAAACCUCCUGAGUGUUCUCGGGAUAGAUGCAAAUCAAAAGGACAUUUCAGAGAACCAGGCUGAUAUUUUUGAGGAAUCAAAUGUCAAAGAUAAUGAGGACUUUGGAUUUGAUGGAUUCAGUGUUAAUGACUGCAAAGCAUUGAUCCAGACCAAGCUUUCUGUGUCACCAGACUCCAGACAUGGUCAGCUUUUCACCUGUAACCUCUUUCUGAAGACCACAUCAUCAAAUGAGAACACACAGUGUAUAACAAUCCCAAGGAAGAAGCAGAUUUUUGCUGCACACAACCUAAAAAUGAGAUUUUUUAGUAGUGAUGUUUGUUGAACUAAAUACAAUUUUUAGCCUUUUUUUUUUUUUUCUUGUUUCAAACUGAAUACAGUUUACCUUCAUUUUGUUACUGACUUGGUACUAUACACUACAGAUGUUCUUUAGGAAAAUGACAUUAUUUCUGUAUAUGAGGGACUUAUGGCCACGUUAUUAGAAGAUAUUUCUCCUGCUCAGUUGUGAAGCCAAAUUUUGUAAUUUUGCUCUGCUAAGUUUUGCUGCAGAGUCGUUAGAGUAAAUUUACUCUCUUGGAGUAAAUGAUGCAGCUGCAACCACGCUUCAAGAUAACUCUGGUGGACCCUCCUGAACUCCUGACCCUUCAGGCCUUAAUGCCUCUACAGUCAAAACCCUUCUUUCCCUGCCAGAAUCUCCACAAGUCUCAGGUGUGUUGUACUGUGCCUUGUGACCAUCUCUCCUCACACUUGCUCCAGUUUGGAUCUGCUGACAUCUGUUGCUUUGCCACUGCUGGGUGUAAUGAGAGGAGCCUUCUUCAUCUGGGGACUUUCAGUGGGGUUUAGUAGAAUAAAAGGGUUUUAAUUUCUGUCUGGUGAUGCCUGCUGUGGUGAUAGGGGUGGAGGCAGCAAAAUGCUUCAUUCUGGCAUUGGUUUGUGGCUGAAAUGAAUCACCUUCUGGAGCUGAUUGUCGCAGGAUGUGCUGGGGUCAUUCAGCCACACUUAGACCCUGCAUACUCCGCUUCUAAAAGCUCAGCAGCGUUGCAGUUCAGGAUUUGCAUAAUGGUGUAAAUUCCUGCCCUUUUAAAAUUUUAUAGAAACUAUCGACUGGUGCCCAUCUCCCUGCAUGAUUGAGUGCCCCAGGGGAUGCACUUCACUGUCAUUCACAAGAAUCCUUGUUGGUUCCCUGCCAUCUGCAACAGCUUUAUUUAUUCAUUGGCAGUAACUUUUACACAAGUUACUGAUCUCUCUGCUGCUCUGGCCAUCCUGAAUAUGAAAAUUUUAUAUGGCUUUUUGUUUAAAAGAGUUGCUAAGCAUGGCAACUGAUAUUUUAUGUGUUGAAAGCAGGGAACAAAGUUGAGUGUUCCAAAACUAAGUUAGUUAAUUAUUUAAUGAUGAGCCUGUUCUGUUCUUAGAAUUAAGAAUACUAUAAAGCACUGGCAGACUUCAAUCCUUAAUCUAGUAAACUGUUCAGCAGUGCCAUUACAACUGCUGUAAUAAUUUCAGUAAUGCUUAUGAUACCUCAGUGCUAUUAGCAUGGGAUGAACUCUGUCCUGCUUACUCAGUAGAUAAGACAGGGCAUUUGGAAAAAUGCUCUUUUAAAGGGGCUCUGCAUCUUCCCUGGCCCUGGAGGGAGUCCUGCAAACUGGAAACUUCAUCUGGAUACAGGAGCAGGGUUAACUGAAAAAGUUAACCCUAGAUUUGAAUUAAUUUUCAGUUUCUCUUAUAUUCUUUCAGAGCUCUUAAACAUGUAUUAAGUAGAUUGUAGUCAUAAGCUUGCAAAACGUUAAAUUGCCGGUAAAUGGUGAAUAAAUAGUUGAGGUUGGUAAUAAACAUCAUUAAAAUC